CAAAUUUUAUAUGUGACCAAUAAAAAAUAUGUGUGAUUAAUUUGACUAAGCUUCUUUAUAUUAUUAAAAAUUUAGUAAAGAAGCCGCUUUUUAGUAUAAAAUGAAUAGUGUAAUAGCCUUUUUUGAAAGACUUCAAGGAAUUAGAAAUUCAUUUAAUUAUGAUUUCGCAUUAACACGGCUUUGUGUUUCUAAAGAGGACAGCUGGAGAGGAAUAACUCCUUCAAAUUAUAGUUUAGAUUAUAAUCCAGAGCCGCCAAUAUUUUCAGCCAAAUUUGCAAAUUGCAAAAAUUAUAGACAUAUUCUUGCUAUAGCUAAUGAAGAUGGAAAGAUUGCGUUGCAAGAUACAAAUAAAAAAAAUUUCGAAUAUGAAGAAAAAGCUUUAGAGGGUCAACAAUGUCAUUUCAACGCGGUUUUUGAUCUUGAAUGGGCUCCAGGGGAGAUGAAAUUCGUGUCAGCUUCUGGUGAUCAUACCGCUCGUUUGUGGGAAGUAACUGAAGCAGGGAUAGUACAAUGCCGCACAUUUACGGGUCACACAAGGUCAGUUAAAACUGCAGCAUUUCGCAAAAACGAUCCGGCAGUUUUUUCCACCGGUGGACGUGAUGGAGCUAUAUUAAUUUGGGAUAGAAGAGCUGUUUCAAACGUAGAUUUAGGUACUUCACGAGCUGAUAAUUGUAUAUAUAGUGGACAUGGGCCUGGUACACCAGUUUCUAGUAGAAGACGAAUAGUUCGUACACCAAAACUUAGUCCAUCAACUAUAACAAGUAGCAUAACAGGUUUAGUGUUCCAAGAUGAUAAUACUUUAGUAUCUUGCGGCGCAGGCGAUGGUGUAAUUAAAAUAUGGGAUUUGAGAAGAAAUUACUCUUGUUUUAAACGGGAGCCGUUACCCAAACAUAGUUUACCAUAUGCUGGCACUUCAACGUUCAAAGGAUUUACCAAUUUAUUGUGUGACGAUCCAGGAAAUAGAUUAUAUGCGAAUUGUAUGGAUAACACAAUAUAUUGUUAUAAUUUAUCUUCAUACUCUAGCAAACCUAUUGAAAAAUAUGUAGGAUUUCGCAAUGGCACUUUUUAUAUAAAGUCCUGUUUAAGUCCAGAUGGUCAAUACUUAAUAAGUGGAAGUAGCGAUGAAAAAGCUUAUAUUUGGAAUAUAAACAAUCCAACGCCGUUAUUAUCAUUAAAUGGGCAUAUGGUCGAAGUAACAUGUGUUGCAUGGAGUUCUUCUUAUGAUAUGCCUAUUGUGACUUGUAGUGACGACGCAAGACAUAAAAUAUGGAGAAUCGGUCCUGAAAAAAUCCAAGAUGACGAAAAAGUAAAUUACAAAGGUCAUGCAGAAUUUCUGACAGAGUACAAAUAUGGAGUUUCGAAAUCUAGAAAUACGAGCAAUUCUAAUUUAAAAACUAGACUGCAAUCUUUAGAUAGUACUCCAAGAUCUUUAAAGAGAAUAGUUGAGGAAAACGAAAGAACGCCGACCACAAUAGAAAAAAUAAGUUCAAAAAGAUCAUACAGCGACAUGAAUGGUGAAAGUUAUACAACUGAAGACUUGAUUGGAAGUCAGCAAAAGCGUCCACAUAUUGAAACCAGAGGACGCAGAUUAUUUAGUCCAUGCUCUUCCACGUAUUCAACCAAUGUGGAAUCAUUAAAAUUAAAUUUAUUUACUAUAUCAGAAUUUGUAUCUGAGGAUCAAAUAUGUCAGAGCAAAUUGUCUCCUGUAAUUGAACAUGCGGAUGAUAACAAUCAAGAAAAUUCGAUGUUGCAUCCAAACGUUGCCGCGACUUCAGGUAUACAAACUGUUACGCAAAAUUUAUGUCAAAAAUUGUCACCACUCAGUGAAAGGGCGGAUUUGAAUACUUCUCCUACUGGAUCUCCACUGUCACGCAAUUAUAAUUUACAACAAACGUCAAUGAUGUUUUCACCUACAUCCAAUUUGCCAAAUUAUGUUUUGGAUGGUCAAGCUCCUCAUUUAGGUAUAAUGUCACCUAAAAGAAAAGCUAAAGAAAAAAUCGAUUGGUUGACUAAACUUAGAAAACAGAAGCUAAUGACAAGUCGAACAUUUACAUUAAAUGACAAGCUUGCUUCAACUUCCAAAGAUUCAUUACAAAUGGCAACAAAAAGUCUCAAUUGUGAUAUAAUUAGCAAGGCCAGUUCAAAAUUUAUUCAAGAUAAUAUAUCUGACUUUCCUAGUAGUCCAAAAUCACCUAAUUUAUGUGGUACCCCAAAAAGAAGAAUAUCGCGAUCUGGUUCUAGUUCAGGUGAAAAUAUUUUGUCUCAUUCCAGGACACCUACAUCGAACAGAAGAAAUAGUGAAACCACAAUUCUGAAAUUUUUUUCAACUAUUUCACAUUCAAGUUCCUCUCCAUCGUUAAGUAGCAUAGAACAUCAAGAUUCCGAAAUAAAAAAUAGUACUUCUGUGGUAGUAUCUUCAUGCAACUAAAAAAUUAUUUCUAGAUAUACGAAUAGAACGGAGUUUAAAAUUCUAUUGAAUAUUUAAGUUAUUGUGUUAAAAAAAUUUUCUUUACGUAUAUAAAUAAUUUUUUAAAAAAUAAUGUUCUAAGUUAAUAGGACUGAUUUAUUAUUAAACUAGAAAUAGACUG